AUGACGUUGACGACCAGAUAUCGGUAUGGAUCGGCACUAGCGCUCGGUCGCGCCGCUCGCUCCCGUAAUGAUUUCUGGAACCCGCCAGAGUCCAGUGGGCCGGUGUCCGGGGGGUCAAUACUCUCGAAGACGGUGUCCCGUGGAACAGAUAAGUGUAAACCGGCCGAGGAAAGAGGUCUGGAGGUGUCACUCCGGCACCGGCCGCGGCGGAGGCCCUGCCCCGGUAGCCGUAUCGACCUAACAGACCGGCGAUGUGCCGCUGGUCGAACAGGUGGCAUGGGUAGGCCCUCAGCCAGUCGUACCCCGGGCUCCGGGGAAAAUGGGCGAUUUCGACUCAGAAGCGGCAAGUCGGCGAUAGACGUGUUUCUCAACUUAUCGAAAGCAUUUCUCAACUUAUCGAAAGCAUUUGACUGUGUCGACUACUCAGCGCAGCUUGAUAAAUUGGAAUCCCGUGGCAUCCGACGGUUGGUUGCAGAAAGCGAAGACAGUGAGAAUGAGGGCGGCAUGGGCAAUGUCUCCCGGGUUAUCAUGCGGCCUCCGGGACACAGUGGGAAAGCCAAGAGAGGACAUCUAUGUUUCGACGCUUCUUUCGAGUCUGGGAACCUGGGCAGGGUCGACCUGGUGUCGGAGUUCGAGUACGACCUGUUCAUCCGACCCGAUACCUGCAACCCCAAGGUGCGCCUCUGGUUCUACUUCACCGUCGACAACAUACGAGUGGAUCAGCACGUAGUGUUCAACAUCGUCAAUUUCAGCAAGAAGAGGAUGUGUUUUCGAGACGGCAUGACACCCCUGGUCAAAUCCACCAGCAGGAGCAAGUGGACACGAAUGCCCAACAAACACGUCUACUACCACAGAUCGCCUUACCACUGGAACCACACGAUCUUGACCCUGACGUUCGGGUUCGACCGGGAGGACGAUGUCUACCACUUCGCUUUCACGUAUCCUUACUCCUACUCGAAGUGCCAAGCCCACCUGGAGAUCCUCGAGAGGAAGAAGAUACCUCAUCUCCGUCGUGAACUGCUGUCCAACUCUGUGCAAAACCGGAGGCUGGACUUGCUGACCAUCACGCACCCGAAGAACAUGACCUCCGGGAGGAAGAUGAGAGUUGUGGUGAUCUUGAGCCGGAUACACCCAGGGGAGACUCCCUCCUCCUACGUCUGCCAAGGCAUCAUUGACUUCUUGAUUAGCAACCACCCGAUGGCUUUGGCUCUCAGAGACCACGUUAUCUUUAAGAUCUUCCCCAUGAUGAACCCGGAUGGAGUGUUCUUGGGAAACUACAGAUCCACAUUGAUGGGUGCAGACCUGAACCGUGUGUGGAGCCAGAUAUCACGGUGGAUCCAUCCCACCCUGCAUGCUGCCUUCACCUUCAUUUCCAACUUGGACCAGGACAAAAACAUGGAGCUGGACUUUGUCAUGGACAUUCAUUCACACUCCAGUCUACAAGGUGUCUUUGUGUACGGCAAUACUUACGAUGACGUUUACAGGUACGAACGGCAUAUUGUGUUUCCGAAACUGCUUGCCCAAAAUACAGAUGGAUUUGAACAAGCAAACACAAUGUACAACCGAGAUCUGAACAAGGCUAACUCAUCAAGAAGGGUAUUCUGUGAAGUGCUGAAGGACUCAGUGAACUGCUACUCAAUCAUAGUGUCCUGCUACGGCUACAGACACCCUAGCGCUCCCGGCAUACACUACUAUACAGAGGAGUCCUAUUGUCGUCUCGGACGGAACAUCGUGAGGACCUGUCUGGACUACUACAGGAUCAUCGGAGUAGUCAGUUCUGGGGAAGGAGAAAAGAAACCGAGUACAGCCAAGUCUCGACAGAGCAGAAAAGCCACGUACUCCGGAGCCCUGAGCAAUAGAAGCUUCCCCCUCCACCCCCAUCCUCCUAGAGCCACUAGCUCUUCCAGUGAGGCAUCCACAAAACUCAAUAUCAAUCUGGAUAUACAGCCCAUGUCUGCAGAUUCUCGGAAGUUCCACCACAAGCGAGGGCGGCACCACAAGCGCACCACAGAGUCACUGGUGCAAAGCCGGCAGUGGCAGGUGGCUGAAGAAUCUGCACCCGUCAAGCCUCCUAGCCUGUCCAUCAUCGACUUCAACAGUCUGACGCGCGGUGGACUUGACGAAUCCAUGGGGUUAACAAAGACUCGAUCGAAGAGCCACACAAAAAAGAGUCACAAGCGGAAACGGAAGACUAAGAAGCCUCCACCUGUCAGCCCUGAGACUGCCGUUGUCGACGAGGUCAACUCCCCGGCUGAGGUUGAAGAUACCAGCGAUUCUCCAUAGCUGAAAGAUCUAUUUCGUUUAAUUUAUCAUUUACAACAAUCAAGCUUUGUUCAAUUAAUCACAUUGUGCUAUUUAUUGUUACUGCUCACUAAAUGAUAUUAUUACCCAGCCACGAUUUUACUGACAUCAAACAUUUAUAUAUUGAACAAGCCUUCAAAUGAAAUGAAAUGGUUUAUAAACCAGACUGAACAUUAUUUACUAGCCUCUUCAAGAUGAAUCAAUGUAAUAUUGACUAAAACACAAGAUAUAGUACGGUAUAUAGUUUAAACUAAGUAAAACUGUGACUGUUGAGUUUUGCUUCAGUUCAACUUUCUCUUAGUGUAGCGUCUGAAAUCUGACCUGGAAUCUGGACUCAUAUUCUUCUGAAGAGAUCUAAAAACUGGAACUAACCUCAAAAUUCACAUUAAUUCAACCCUUCCCACCAUAACUGUGCUAUGUGUUAGUAAAUCUACAACUCUUUUAGAUUUUCAAUAUUUUCUGGUAAAUUAAUCACACUAUAAUGAUAAAAUAUAUUGAAUUUAGUUUGAAGCAAAUAUUUUUUUACAGUUUUUAUAAAG